CAGUUUAGGCCAAGCUUCCUGGUCCGUGGAUAUCCAUCAAAGCUCGUCCUUACACGCGCCGGAGGGGGAUUGGCUUAGCGAGGAAGCAUUGGUAGGGAUCAUUCUCAGCGUAGAAUACCGUAAGAAUGGUCGCAACGGCACGAACGGGACGCGCCAGCUGGAAUUCUUAGUUAGAACUCCCUCCAGCCUCGUUGUCCUGAAACUUUAGCUCAUCAUUCCGCAAAUAUUUCUAAAAUCAAGCUCAGUCUCCUCGGUGUGUCAGAGCGAUCCGGUGCUUGCAUUCUGAGAGCGUGACCUGUAGACUCACCUAGACGAACAAUUUGCUCUUCCUUGUGCGACCGCCUUAGCUGCACCGAAGGACGCCUCGAGGCAGCUAUAGGAUUUCCCAUCGUCCUGUCAGGUAGUCGUUUCCGAGGUUCCGAUCCGUUCCGUGUUGCAAUGUUGCUGCGAAUCACGUUCCAGGGUCCACCCGAACACACCCGACGCCCACAAUGUAGGGUGUAUUAGAAUCUCGGAAUCGGACUGAUGUCGACCUACACAUAGCGUACCUGAGUCUGACAUUAGUGUCGUAAGUACCUAGCUCUAAACGUACGUGGCUGCUGCAGUCGCUGCUGGUGGCCGUCUGGCCAUUGCGAGUGGCAAUGGAUGCACGCGACAGGCGACGGCUGUGGAAAAAAGUGAGCAUCCAUGCUAGUGACGGGGGGUUAUUCACCAUGCUCGCUUUUUUCCAUCACCAGCAGCAGCAGCGACGACAGGGGGUUAUUGCUAGUGACGGGUUAGUGCAAGUGGCAAGGGAUGCACGCGACAGGCGACGGCUGUGGAAAAAGGUGGGCAUGGUGGGAGGUUAUUGCUAGUGACGGGUUAGUGCAAGUGGCAAUGGAUGCACGCGACACGCGACGGCUGUGGAAAAAGGUGGUUUCACAGAAGCUGGCUCUUCCUGGUUCUUUCGCCAUCAGGCCGUCCCUUUUCUGCCACUUUUGAGUCAACUCAAAAGUCACCUCGUCCCUUUUCUGCCACUUCAACCACUUUUCUCGUUCCGCUCGACAGGUCCCACCCACGCACACGUCGCCUCUUACGCAUUCGUUGCUCCUGCUGUUGUGUGCGAUCGACCUUUUGCAUGCCUUUUUUGAGGGCAGCGAGGCGGCCAGAAGUGCAGCCGCCCAUCUGGUUUGCGGCGUUUCGAGCAUGCUGCUCUGUGCGCCGGAUCACGUGCCUCUUCUUCCUCUACGUGCUCACCGUGCUGCUGCUCUAUGAGAUCGGGGGAGUGGGCCACAUGUGUCCGGCGGAUCUCUCGUGCGAGUACCCCACGGAGGGCAUGUUCUGGGACCACCCCAUGCUGCCUCGCAAGCCCCCUCGAGUCGUCCGCUCCUACCUCGUCAACGCCUCCGCCGCCGCUGCUAUUGCUGCCGCUGCUGCUGGCAAUGCUACUGGCUCUGGCGCUGCUGGCAGGGGAAGGGCAGGCACCGUACUAGUGGUGGAGCAGGAGGAGGAGGAAUACGUGGUGGGGGGGCAUCUGCUGGUGCAGGAGACAGGGGAGGGGCCCGAGAAGCCUGAGAGCUGCGUGGAGCUCUGUGGGAACGUGCCGGACUGCGCCUUCUGGAUGUAUGAUAUGGGCAGUGAGAAAGGUGAGCUUGGAUGGCUGGAUACCAUAAUGGGACGGUUGGGGCAUGACGUGGUGGCGUGCCGGACUGCGCCUUCUGGAUGUAUGAUAUGGGCAGUGAGAAAGGCGAGGCUUUGCUCAUUGCACGGUCUGUGAGAGAGAUUGGGGGUCUUGUGCUGUUCUGUGUGGUGUGUGCAUAUGAGGUGGUUCGAGUUGAUCCAAGUGUGGAGCUCUGUGGGACACGUGCCUGACUGUGCUUUCUGGAUGCGUGACAUGGGCAGUGAGAAAGGCUACUGCAAGCUGUGGGCGGCAGAUCAGAACCCAUGCGAGCCCAGGGAGGGUGUUCCUGCGUUGGGCUGCCUGUCUUUCACAGCGGUGGCUGGUGCGCAACCGGUACCUGGUGGUGGGGUACUGCCCUAACCCUCGCCUUGCCUCCCUCCCCUAUUCCCUAACCCCAAGGCUACUGCAAG